AACAGCAGUCGGGAGCAGAGACUUCUUCAGAACGCAACGCUUUUUCAUGAUUGCGAAAUAAACUUAUAUAGCGUGGUUGGUGCACAAUAAGGCUUAACGCGCCCUAUUUUCACGCAUUGAAGUUCAUCAACUUACAUCUCAGUGCAAUUUAUUUGAAUUUAAAAAACAACCAUGGACUUGGUUCCAACGACGAUGGACGGAAAAAAAUGCCCCGAGAUUUCCAAUACCCCAACACCCAAAUCGCUUAACAACAGCGAUGACGUUAUUGAACACAUCAAAAGUUGGAUUCAGUUAGACGACAAAUCGAAAAUGCACGAAGAUGCCGUUAAACACAUCGAGUCGUUUGUGGAUCGACAAAUUUCUUGUUUGGAGUCGACUGUAAUCGAGAGACAAUACGUUAAAGUCGUAUUAGAAAUGUGGCUGAGAAAGAGUUUACGAAAGGCUGUUGAUUACCUAAAUGAUGAAAAAAUCGAUAUCGGCGUCGAAAUGCCCACUUUAUUGAAAGAAUUAAAUUCCAUCAAUUCAUUUGAAGAUAUUGGCCUCAAAUUAAAUGAAGCGACGUGUCAACUGACAAAUCUGUGUGACGCAGGAUGUCAAUAUUUAGAACUGAUACUCGAUCAGGUGGAUCUUUUCAAAAACACUCCCCGUUUCUCGGUUCUUGUUGCCAGUUAUUUCAAGCAAUUUAAAGCGUCUUGCAUUGACAAAGUCUUUUCCAGGUGUCUGAAUGACGUUGGUAAAGAUCAAACUAAUGGCAAGAGAAAUCGGGAACUUAUUGUCGCACUUAAUGCGCUCUUACAAGUCGCCAGUGAAGACGUAGGAAUUCAAAAUGUUUUGGAGAAAAAUUUUACGGGAAAGGACGUCAAAGACUUUGAUGACGCAAACGGGAAAGACUUGAUCAACCAACUGGUGGAGAUUUUUGCAAGCUGCAGAGAUUUUACUAAAAACGAAUCAUCAGAAUGGUUAAAUUAUCUAAAAUCAGAAAAAGAAUGGGCACCGAAGUUGCAAGUUUUGGUCAAAGAGACGUGCAAGCCAUUCCUGUUUCCCAAGACGACGAUUGAAAUCACGGACGAAUAUGGAAGAAAAAUCAUUUUCAUCAAAGGCGUCUCUGUGUUUGUCAGUAAAAUGAUUGAAGAAAUGAAACGACUGAAAGAAAAUAAUCCGGAAGUGCAAGAAAUCCAGAUGGUCGGACUGUCAUCCGUUCACAUCGACUGCCACCUAGAGAACAAAACCUGGCACGGAACAAACGUGGGAAUCGUUGCUGAUAAGAUCUUUGUUGACUACGAAGUGUGCCGGAAGGGCCAUAAAAGUAUCGCUCAAGCGAAAGAAGAGACUACCGAGCCGAAGGCGGCUCAUAAUUUUGUGGACGAUUUCUGCGUCUGCUGGGAUAUUUCGGGCGAAAACGGAGAACCUGGUCGACCGGGUACUAGCGGUGGAAAAGUACACAUCAUUUGUAACGAAAUGUUCGGCGCUGAACAAUGGAAGAUUAUCUCUGAUGGAGGUGACGGAGGAGACGGAAAAAACGGCACUAAUGGUGAAGCUAAUGGUGAAGGAAAGCCAGACAGAAAGGCCAGUAAGUGGUCCAAAGAAUAUUUCAAUCAAGCGUUUCCUUCUAUGUCGAUCUUCGAAACGGGAGAACAGACAGAAGACAAAGUUCCAGAUGAUGCAAUUCAAACCGUUUUGACGACGCUAAACGAUUUGUUGCCAGUUGAAAAUCGAAAAUCUGGCAAAGAUAUCCAAUCAGACUACCGAGGUAAUUUUUUCAUCGACGGCACUGCGAAAGAUGGCAGUAAAAUCACCGUAUCCUACUAUCAGUCCAAGACAAAAAAACACACGCUUGUUUUCUGCCAAGGAAGUUCCAUCGGACAAGGUGGAUCUGGAGGCACCAUGAUCUUUGAAUGCAUGACUGGAAAAAACUCGUUCGCAUUCGAAUCCAGCGUUCCAGUCGUUGGUAAGGAAAAUCGUCAACCAAGGGCUGUGCGUAUGGGUGUCUACCAAGCAAUGGGUUCUAAUGGCGCCACGGGAACACCUGUAGGAGACGUUGGUUUCAUCCACAGGCUGGACACAUCUGAGGCAUCUGCAAACAAAAAUCAGACGGGUCAUUACAUCGGCUUCGAAAAUGAUGUCAGGCUUCGGAUGGAACACGACACUACGAAACCUACAAGGCAGCCAAACGAUCCUGAUAAUUAUUACGCCAAACUAAGGAAAGGAGAAUAUGCGUCGAUCGCUCACCAUGGCCUAUCUGCGUACGGCCAAGUCCAGCCACUGCAUUCAGUGGUAGUUAAUGCCACGAAAAAGAAGGGCAUCAUUCGCCAAAGUCUUGCCCACCACUUUUUUCAAGUAGACGAGCGGAAGCAGAUGACACAAAGCCUGCAGGAAAAGUUAUACAAUGACUGGGAGGAACAAAAAUUGACAGAAGAUGUCGACUUUUUAGUCAGCCAAAUGGAAGACAAAGAAACUCAGCUUUAUCAGGUAUCGUCCCAGUGCAGUCGGGGACUUGAGAACAUUGGAUCAAUGAGAUUUGUCAAACCGGCAUUAAAAAAGAAAUUGAGCGUGAACAAAGUUUCAGACACCUCUCGUUCAUUGGUCGGCCGACGAUCAGUUGGACGUCGUCCAGUUGAUUUCCGGCAAAAACCAGUUGGUGACGUUCGAUGCCUCGAUAUGCUGCCAACGAUGAGCGGCGUCGAUAGCGCUAUUCACAGCAUUUUCGGCCAAAUGAAUUCAAGCGGAUUGUAUGUUUGCAAUAACGUGAAAAUGUUUCGUCAACAUCUUGCAACAUUCAUUCGGCAGAAUAAAACAUCCCCAACAUCCCCUAGAGAACCAUCAAAACGAAUCGAAUUGAUAAAAUUCACCCGCAAAAAGAAAAAGCAUGACAAAGUUUUGGCUUUCGUCAAGCAGUUUGUACUCCGCGUGCAAGAAAGCAAUGCAUUGGAUUAUCCCGUAGCCUUUGACAUGAAAAAUGCUUAUUUCGAGUUUCGACGGACGAACAGCGAGGAAAAAGAAUUCCUCUGGCCAAACGCGUCAGAAUGUCAAAAAUUAUUUGAAGAAUACGCCAAGUUCGUUGAGACACCGUCAAACUCAUUGGAAUUGUCUGAGUUGGAAAUACUAGCAAUCAUCCAUGCCAAGACCAUCCAUGUUUACAACGAUCAAUUAUCCUCAUUCACGCACAAUGAAACCUUGAAUCCUAGCAGUUCCAACAAGCAAUGUAUUCUUCAUCGCGGACACGGAGAAUGGCAACGAGUCGAGCCCAAUAUAAUGAUGGAAAAUUACUGUGAGCAAAUUGAUGAGGCCUUUUUUGAAUAUCAGCCCAUUCAAACUCAUUACUUCCGCAAAUUCUUAGACCUCCUUAAAAAACAUGGAGCUAAGCAACAGGUCAUUGAUUCUUUGAAGACGCUCGACCCUGAAAACGGUGACACACCAGAUAAAUUGUUCCAAUUGCUUUUGAAAACCUUCCAGGAAAAUGAAGAAAGUGGCGAAAAUUUAAAUGUGAAAUUGCUAGAUGAAUAUUCAAUCGAUCUCUGCUGGUUGGCUGAAUGGAUAGCCGAGCACAAUAAUCGCAAUCUCAGUCCCAUCUUCUACUUGAAUAUUAUCAACAAUGUCUCACCCGUCGACUGGAGAUGCGAUUUUGUUAUGCUUGAAAUUUACGACCGAUUUUCUCAUGCGGUUUCUGAUAUUAUUGCAAAUAGCGAUAUACAAUACUGGUUGUAUCAAAUAGCCGAUAGAAUGCCAUCUCUGGUGCCUCCAUUACGAAAAUCGGUUGCCACAUCCGACAACUGUGCUGCGUUACAGCCGCAGAAAUUGUUGCGGCUCAUGGAAUUUAUAGCAACGGAUUUCGAACAAGACGACGGGAUCACAAGUCAGCAAUUACCGGAGUUAGAGCUACUGCCUCUCAGCGAUUGGUAUCACUUUUUAAAAAGCAAAAUGUGGGAAAAAAAAGUCAAUCGGCUGCCCAUCGGUGAUUCGAGUUCUCCAAAAGAGAAUAAAAAACUCAAGAAUGAGGCCGUUUACAUGUUACUGGAACUCGAAUUCAAAAACAACAAAGACUUUUGUGACGAGUUAUUAAAAAAGACUGUGGACUUGAAAACGGCCGUUCUUCUUUUGCAAAACAAUCUGUAUCCGGGAGUGACUCCUAGCCAAGAACAUAACGAAAGAAACAUUGACGAUAUUAUAAACAAGAUGAAAAAAGACGCGCCAACGAAUGACAAGUUAAUCAUAACAAUGAUAUAUCCCCGGACAUUGAUUGAUGUGCAAACAAAAGUGAUUGAAUCUAAAUCAAUGUCAGAUCAAAUGAAAGAAUUUGACGAACACGAAUCCAAGCAGCAGGAAAGAAUAAAGAAAUUGAUCAAGCAAUGGCAGACAAAUGGUUUAGAACUCAACGAUAAUAAGUCAAUGGUCGAUUUUGUCUUUGUCUACGACUACGCCGUACAAAAAAUAUGUACAAAGGAUGGAGACAAACAAAUAUUCCGACUACGGGACACCCAGAGAAUUACGAUCAUGACAUUGCUGACAUCUGAAUACAAAAACACGUUAACACAAGUAUCAACCGGUGAAGGUAAAUCGCUUAUCGUCACUGGUGUCGCAAUCGCAUUCGCCCUUUGUCGAAACGAAAAUAAAAAGAAUAAGAAAAUCGAUGUUAUUACAAGUAAUGACGUGCUGGCUCGCCGUGAUUCUACGCUGUCGGUGGCCGAUGGUGGACUGCGAAAUCUUUACGAAUAUUUCAAUGUCAGUGUGGCAAACAAUUGCAGCCAAUGGGUGGACGAACGAACACAAGCCUACAAUGCAGCAGUCGUUUAUGGACAAUUGGCCAAUUUCCAGCGAGAUUAUUUGCUGGAUAAAUUCUACGGUCAUAGCAUCCGAGGUGACCGCACGAUGGACCUUGUCGUUAUUGAUGAAGUCGACUGCAUGUUGCUCGAUCGCGGUAACAACACGCUGUACCUAUCGCACGACAUCCCUGGUAUGGAGAUGCUCGAGUCUCUUUACGUUUUUAUUUGGGAAAAAAUACGCAGUUCUUCCAUCGGAUCGGAUAAAUUCAACAUGAAGGAAUCCGUUAAAUCAGCUGUUCUGUACGACCUCUACGGUGCUAUAUCUAAAGAUGAUUUAGAAUCGAUUCACAACCCAUUGAAGGACCAACCAUCGGAAAAGAAUGCGCUUUGGGACCACUUAAUUGAAACAAAAGUAAUCGACCCACAAGGACGACUAUUGAUGGAAGACAAGAUUGAAACCAUCAAUUUCAAACCACAAUUGGAUCCCAAGAUUAUCUUUUAUCUCCGUAACGUGGCAAAACGCAAGCGGAAUAUUCGAAUACCUGAGCAUUUGAUGUCCUUUGUCGAUCGUCAUCUCGACAAUUGGCUGGACAAUGCCAUGCAGGCACUGGAACUCAAACGAGACGAGGACUAUGUCGUCGAUCAAGACCGAACAGACACCAGCCCAGAUCUCCAUCCUCAAGUAAUUAUAAUUGAUCAGGACACAGGGAUGGACCAGAUCUCGUCGCAGUGGGAUGGAGCACUGCAUCAAUUUAUUCAGCUAAAGGAGGGAUGCAAAUUGACGUCCCAAAAUCUAAAAUCCAUUUUCAUUUCUAAUGCGACUUACAUCCAGGCUUAUAAAAAAGCAGCUGGCGUUUCGGGUACGCUGGGAUCUGAAACAGAACGACAAUUUAUGCAUACCAAAUACAAAAGUCUUCAGUUUGUCAUCCCAACAGCUUUCCAAAAAUGUUUCUACUUGAAACCAACGCAAGUCUUUAAAUCAAAGGGCCACUGGCUCCAUGCCAUCGUCAAAGAAACACAACAGAUUAUUCAACCUGAAGAUCAAGCUAAAGCUCGUUCUCUCGUCAUCUUCUGUCAAUCAAUCAAAGAUGUGAACGUUAUUCGCCGAUACCUUAAAAAUGCAUUAGGAUCGAAACUCAAUGAUAACCACAUCCAUUGCUACACACGUGAUUAUGAAAAAUUUGCUUUCGAAGGUAAAUCACUUGAAAUUGGUCACGUGAUCGUCGCCACCAACUUAGCGGGCAGAGGCACGGAUAUCAAAAUAAGCGAGGAGUUAAGAGAAAACGGAGGUUUGCACAUUUGUCUAACUUUUCUGCCGAAAAAUGAGCGAAUUGAAGAGCAGGCGAUGGGACGUUCAGCUAGAAAUGGAGCACCCGGAAGUGGAACCUUCCUCCUAUACGAAGAAUCGCCAACAGGAAAGAAGUGGGAUGCCGGAAAAUGGUUAAGCAUGAAGGAGGAGCGUCAAUGGAGAGAAAAACAACGGAUAUCCCGUUUGCAAGAAGAUUUCAGGACAAUGGAACACGAGCAAAAUUUUUUUGACGAAUUGUCUAUUUAUUACACUGAACUAAAGCAAGAAUUAAAAAAACAAAAACGUGAAGAUCAGGCAAUUAAGACAAUCUGCGAUAGUGUACUUGACAUAUGGGCUUUGUGGCUUGACCAAACAGAGGAUCAUUUGAAAUUGACUUAUUCCUAUCAUCACGAUUUUCUCAAACAUUUUCGGACUGGAAUUGGAUUGCCAGAAAAUCACAUGACUGACAAUAGUUGGAUGACGCCAGUUCGAUCUGUCUCCCUGGCAAAACAUCUGGCUCUGCAAAAGUCAUCGCUGUCCGAGGCAAGUGAAAUUCUGAAACGAGUCAUUGACUCAAGGGACAGUGAUCUGUAUCCGGCUGCUCAUUACUACUUUGCUUUCGUUUUGAUUCAAGAAGAUUUUAAAGAAAACAGACCUAAAUUUAUUCAAAUUUUGCAAAAUUGCGAAACGAUUUUGAGCAACGACAUAGACAUGCACUUGUCCUUUUAUCGCAAAGUCGCCCAUGCAGCGCCUGAGCAAACCCCGUCGUUCUGCGUCGUCGACGCCUAUAAACAGCAAAAAAACAAUAUGGUGAAGAUCCUCGAAUAUUUCAUCGGUUCCGUCCGGGCUUUACUUGGCAGUCAUUAUUGCUCAGCCUCUAAUCUCAAGGAAGCUGGGCGAGAUCCCCCCGAAAUACCUGGAGUCGUCGAAAAGAAAAUGAAAAAAAUUCUAACAUCUAUACGGAAACAAAAUGCUUCCCAUUUCCCGCGUUUUCAGAAAAAAAGGAAUGAUGAACCUAAAUGCCACAAAAUUCAUCCCGAAAAAGCGGACAAACUCUUUCAAUCGCUGGUCAAAGAAGAGUGCAUCACCUGUCAGCUCAACGACAUUCAUACAGUCCCUAAUUUGAACGACAUCAUUCAGGAAGUAGCCGACGUAUACGGAAUCAAGAAUUUGUUAAAAAAUUUAAAGUCCGUCUUUGGGGAGAACUUAAGUGAGGACCAGAUCGAGAAAGAACUCAAAGAAAAAAAUUUGAUCCCGUGCACGAGAAAGGCGUUUUGGGAGACGCUGAAGAAGGCAAGUGCACUAGAAGCGGUGAAAGGUGGAUUGUGCUCUCAGAUGAAAUGCGUCAUCAUGUUGGAAUCCGAGUGCGAUGUCGAACCAAGUAAACCAAAUAGCAAAAAACUUGAUCGAGAUAAGCGGAUCAAAAUAAAAGACUUUCAGUUUGGAUUGGAUUCUUUCGAUCGCGAGCACAACUGUCUAAACGUGCUGUACAACCCAAUUUACGACAGCAUGAGUGACUUAUUGAAGCAGAAGAAAAUCAUGUUCAGCAAACAGUACGUUAUUAAACAACUCGGCGAAGAAGAGUAUCGACGCCGCAAGGAGGAAUUUGAAUCCAAUCAAAUUGCACAGCUUAACCUCAACGAACUUGAAAGUGUCAGUUUGAAAUUUUCUGGCCCAUUGGGGAAGCCUGAUUUGGAGCGAAUCAACAUAAAUUCUAGUGGCGAGCAGGAUGGCGAGCAGGAUGGCGAGCAGGAUGGCGUUUGGAAUGCGCUAGUUGAUCAGCAAAUCAUUGACUCAAAUGGAAAAUUAUUGCCCAACUUCCAAAAAUUCAGUUAUCCAGAAUGUCCAGCUUAUGAGAAACCUGUCAUGCGUAUGAUUGGGAGAACUUUUGUGGCUGAAAUAGUCAAAAGUCAAUGGCUAAGGCUUAAGACUGACAAAGAUCCCAAUUGUUUGAAAGCCAUAAAUUUGCUACCAUUGAAACCCUAUCGAGAUAUGCUUGGCGAUUUGAUGGCUGCCCACGUCAUAUCUGGUGCUCGAGUGACGGAAAAUACAAAACUCAUCGAGGAGAAAACUGAUGCACUUGAAGACAAAGACGAGGGUGCAUGUGUUUGCAAGUUUCUGAAAAGCCGCCAAGCUGUUUAUGCUCCCAAGAAGAAAAAAUAUGACGUUUAUCUUGACUUUAUCGAAAUGGAUAUUCGAAAGAUUCCAAACACCGAGAACAUUUCUACGGAACUUCAUGGUUUCGAUCUCGUAGGGUUCAAUCACGUCAUUGACAUUAAGGAUCGAGAAAUGUCAUGGAAAACAUACCUGAGAGCAAUUGGGGCCGGUGCUGUUGGUAUCGCUUCGAUUGGUGGUGGAGUUUUCUUGAUUCACGAAAAACUACUAUCCAUUGGACUAAGCAAGAAUUUAUUGUUCAUGGGAGGAGCAUCAGACAUUUUGUACGCCAUAACGGCCAUCCUGACGCGCAGCAACUUCACGUGGGCCGAUUACACUCGUCAAAGGCUAAUGAGUGCCAUAGGAAAGGCAGAACCCAUGGACAUGAUCAAAACAAUUUUCAAAUUGUACAGUUCAACUGAAAACGCUGAUUUCAGAGAGGCAAUUCAAUUGGCCGUCGGCGAGGAAAGAUGGAAACGACAAGGCAGAAGUCAAACAGACAGAGAUAGUGAAGUUUCAUCAGGCGGAACUCUAGAGCGGAUUGGAUUGAAGAAACACAAAACCGAGUUUUACUUCCACAGCCAACUCCAUUAUCUUUUACAAGAUUUUGGCAUCUUUGUACAUGGAAAAAUAAAGAAAUGCCUCGAUAAAAACUUGAACGAAAUUCGAGAAAGACUGACCAAAUUCAACGAUCUUCACGGACUCGAAACAUCCCAGCAUUUCGUUAGAGAGAAGAUGAAUAAAUUUAUUUCUGAUUGGGCUACAGAAGGACACAAGUGGGUCAGUGAAAUCACCACUGCCAUGAAUUCAAAACUGGACGAGAUUCAUAUGGUCCUUCAACAAACGGAAGAAAUUCCGUUGACACAAGAAAUAGCUGAUGAAGGGAUCCGCGAGAUGGAACCGAUUUUCCAUGACUACGAGGUGCGAAUCAGAUUGAUACGCGUGACUGUCACCUGCAUUAGCGAAUUUCUACCAGACCGGAAGAAUUAUGACAAGCCCAAAGUUGCAAGAGUUGAAGACAUCGGCGUUGAAGAAGCAUUUAAGCGUUUUCAGGAAAGGAUGCUGGCUGACAUAGAGGCUGAGCUGGAAAGACAGGUGGACAAGAUUCUGGACUCUUUGAGGGAAAAAAUUCAUCGAGUCGCCUCUAACCAAGUCUCUAAUUUAGCCAAUAUUAAUUCGGAAAUAUUCACCACUUUUUUGCAGUUUACUUAACCGUAGUUGAAUGUUAAAAAAUUUUCGAAUUUAGACAAUUCGCAAUUCACAAUUGCGCACUGUGAGAGGACGAAAAAUAUUUUCAAACACUUUGGGAUUUUCAUCAAUUAUAGCUUUUCACUUGAUUUAUUCGUGGAGUAUUCCUUAUAGAGCUUUUUUUUUAAGGGAAUCAAUAUUAUAUUUCAUUUAAUCCUGUUUGGACACUGAACUGAUUUUUGUUAACUACUUUCCUUUUCUUUUCUUCAUUUGUUGUACUUUUUAUAUACCACGUAGUGUGUUAUUUCCAUUAUGCUCCAUCGAGUUGAAUACAUAGAAAUUUCAGUUCGAA